AGAUAAACAACUACCUUUUGUUUCUUCCUAUUUUUUAUCAACUAUCAAGGAAUCUGGCCGGGUUCUUAUUAGUACGUUCUCCUGGAUUUCAUAUUUAUAUAUAGUUGCCUUUGGAGCUAAUUUUUGUGUUAACUGUGCAGAAAGAAGGUGGAGAUUGACUUUGCUUUUCUAUCAACAAGCUAAGUCUCCAACCCAAGAUUAAUUAUUUUUCAACUGAUUUUCUCUUUCUUUCUUUCUUUUAAUUUGAUGAAUCACAAAGUGAUGGAAUCGUUGAGGGCAUAUUUGAAGAGUCCAAUGGGUCCAAAAACAACUCACUUUUGGGGUCCGAUGGCCAACUGGGGAUUUGUCGUCUCUGGAAUGAUGGAUGCAAAUAAGUCCCCCGAUGCAAUAUCUGGCAACAUGACUGCAGUGUUAUGUGUGUUCUCAAUGUUGUGUAUGAGAUUUGCAUGGAUGGUGAGGCCUCGGAAUCAUAUGCUGCUAGCUUGUCAUGCUGCAAAUGAGUCUGUGCAACUCUACCAACUUUCCCGUUGGCUAAGGCAUCAAUGGAACCUACAGCAGAAGGAAACCGUUGCAGCUACUGACUAACUUAGUACUUCUCAAAAAAAAUAAAAAACUCCGUAGUUUCCACUUUCCACAAGUUUAGUUAUUUACCAAAGAAAAUGUAAGCAUAAUUAAAAAGAACCCUUUUAAGGGUAGUUUGGUAGGAUGUAUUAGGGAAAAUAAUAAAUAUAUUAGCUUUGGUAUUAUUAAUCUCUUGUUUGGUAGUAUUUUUCAAUCUAUGUAAACUAAUACAUGUUUUAAUUAUACAACAUAUUUAGUAUUA